UUUAUCGAUUGUCGUCGUGGGACGAGAUACGAGAGAGAGAGACGUGGUGGAUUCGAGAGUGCGGGGAUCUUGCGUUGCGACAGAAUCAAUUCCGUGCGGUCCAACAACGCGUGUUGCCCACCAAGCCGUUGUGUUUCCCAUCAGGAUCAAUCCGGGAUGGGUACAGUGUCGCUACCCACUUACGAGACCCGUCCUCCUCCCAGCUGAUGGUGUUUUCGGUGAGCGUGCAUCGCGAGAGAGAGCGGAAAAGGGUGGUUCGCUGUUGGGGUGACAGAUGCGAGAGGUCGCCGCGGAGAAAGUAUGUGAUCGGUUGAUGGAACGUGGUUAUUAAAACGUGUGAUCCCUUGUUUGUGUAUGUGUGUGGGUAUAUAUGUGCGUAUGUGUGUGCGCGUGUAUACACGGAACAGGACUCGCUUCGGAAGCUGAUUGGCCUGGAAGUUGCUUGUCCCAAUGUGGCAAGGAUCGAAGGGGGAAUCGCGAUUGGCCGACGAAUGAUCGAAACGCGACAGAAUUGUUAUUGUCGACCCUGGAUUGAGGGAUUGAAAGGAGGUGAUCGACGAUCGAGGAUACCUAAGGGCUGCUAAUGCUACGGAUGAACGGAUGAACUGUUGGAAACUAUGCUGGCAUAUUGUACGACAUCGCAUUGGAUCGAAGGAUAUAUCGAGCGGUUACACGAGGAAAGCGCGGAGUAAUGAUCAGUGAUACGCGGUCCGAGGUGUUGACCGCGAAUUUCAAACAGGCGAGUCGCACCGUGUAUGACUGGCGGCGUAAAUUCGCCUUAAGCGGUAACCUAUUGUUGAGAAUUUUUCUUGGCCUUUGUUAUAUCACGGGUACAAAUUGCGAUUGGAAAGAGAGAAUGUCGCGUGGGACCAACAACAACAUGCAGAUCACGAACCGAUUGUCUCAGCUCGGUUAUUGCGAUCUGGAAGAGACCUGCGAUUGGUCGUGGAAUCAAUUGGACAGUUUCAAGAAAACCAGCCCAUCCUUGCGAAAUAAAUUGGGGCCUAACGUGGAUGCCAGUAAUUCUACAGAGGGACAUUUCUUAUGGUUUACUGGCUACGGGAAACCUCAAAUGUGGUCCGGUAAAAUCCCUCCAACUGGAUCACGUUGCAUAUUAGAAUUAGCUCUAUACCAAGUUGAAAUGAGUAAUGGUAUUAUCAAGUUACUCAUAAUUACAAACAAUACAAGUUGGAUUGCCGCGGAGAAGCAAGGAAAUAAUCAUACAAAAUGGGAGAUAAUGCGUUUUACAAUAGGUACUAUCACUCAAUCACAUUCGUUACUUAUAGAGAUGUUAGUACCCUAUUCUAAUUCUAGCAUCGCUAUUGAUAAUGUUCGCCUAAUCGAAUGUUUUCCGGAAUCAACAGCGGUGGAGAUAAAGAACUGCACGAAAGACAUGUACCGCUGUAAGAAUGGCUCGUGUUUAAACAGAACACGUGUCUGUGACCUAACAAAAGACUGUGCCGAGGGUGAAGACGAGGAGGACGACUGCGACAAAAUACCGGAGAACGCGAGAUGCAAUUUCGAGCAUGGAUGGUGUGGAUGGAAAAACGUACCGGGAAGACCUUUAAACUGGACCCUCCAUCAUGGCGCAACACCGUCCGAGAAAACUGGACCUAGUUACGAUCAUACAUACCGCAAUGCGUCCGGGACAUACGCAUAUGUAAGUAUGUCACCAAAAGUAGAAUAUGGUAGCCAUGGUACUAUUGAAAGUCCAUUGUACAAUCCUACACCACCUUAUAAUGGUGAUCCACAAAGUCCUUAUCAUAAGUCGUGUCAAGUACGGUUUUUUUAUCAUCAAUAUGGUGCAAACAGCGGUUCGCUUGGAUUAUAUUUAGUUCAAGAAAAACCACAUCAACCCCAUUACGAAAGAUUAUGGUGGUCUUAUCUUAGUGGUGAUAGAAGUGACGUUUGGUACAAUCAAGCUGUUUCUUUACCUGAUAUCAAAUACAGAUAUUUUCUUCAAUUUGAGGCAAGCAGAGGAUAUUAUUCAAAAGCUGAUGUAGCGAUUGAUGAUUUUUCCUUGAGUCCAGAAUGUUUUGGCAUUGGAGUUCCUCCUGAAGUCGUGGGAGAUUUCAAUUAUUCUAAUCCCGUCAUUGAUUCGGAAAAAAUCCCUCGUCAACACACAGACUUUGUUAACGAAACUGUUAUACAUAUUACCACAUGUGGAAAUACAGGAAGAACAGGUCCCAAUUCUGAGCAAUGUAACGAAGAAUACAAUAGAACAGACAUAGAAUUAGUUACACUUUCACCAAAAGAAGAUUCCCUUUCUUUCAAUUUAAGUGGUAUUCAACGAUGGAUAGCACCUCGUGGUGGAUAUUAUACUUUAAUUGGAAUGGGCGCCCGUGGAGGAAAAGGUUCUAGCGGUAUGGGAACCACAUUGGGUGCACUUGUCCGUGGUGUAAUCGAAUUAGAAAAGGGUGAUCAACUGUAUUUCAUGGUGGGGCAAGCAGGAAUGGAUGCGUGUCCUAAAAACUUGGGACAAAAAUUAAAUAGUUGUCAAGGCUCUACAUCAUAUGGGUCUUCCUUAGGAACUUCCAAAGUAGAUGAAGUAAGAAAGAUUAAGAUAAAAGAUGGUGGAGGUGGUGGUGGUGGUGCAACGUAUAUUUUUCAGUUAAAAAGCAAUGGAGAACAACAUCCCAUACUUAUCGCAGGAGGUGGAGGUGGUUUAGGAUUAGGACAAUUUAUUGACAAUGGCCAUCAACAUGGUCGAGGACCUGCUCCUCCUGGAAGACAACCUACUUCGGGUACAGUUCUUUCAUCACAAGCAGAUAGCCCAGGCGGCCCAGGUGGAGGAUUGAACGAGUCAUCGCGUACGGGUCAACGAACUACAGCAGGUGCGCCCCUUGUUAGGGGUGGCGUAGGCGGAAUUGGUUGCGGACCUAAGAAUCAGAGCCACGGAAACGGAGGAUUCGGCGGCGGCGGUGGUGGAUGUCUUGCUGGAGGUGGUGGAGGUGGCUACAUAGGUGGUAAUACUGGUCACAAGGAACUUAGUAACGGUGAAGGUGGUUACUCCUACGCCAGCAAUGAGCUUAUGUACGUUCACUUCCUGUCAGGAAUAAAUCAUGGGCCAGGAGAAGUUUACAUUAUUCCUGCUAUCAGUGGUUGUGGUUGUGACUUCCGUUGCAUCUCUCUCAAUCAGUAUCUUAGCGAGACAAAGUGUCUCUGUCCUCCAGGCUGGUUAUUGAGUAAUAAUUCAAGAUCUUGUCUUUCCGAUGACAAUGUUUCAGACGAUUCAAAAGUUACGCAUCAACCAUUCAUGAUACCCCUUAUAGUUGUAAGCAUUGGCCUACUCUUUGCUUUCACCGCUCUCUGCCUACUACUUUAUAAUCGUUACCAAAAUCGAAAGGCGCUUAUACAACGGCGACAAGUAAUGUUUGGUAACGGAACUGAAUUAACGUCGCUGCAAGCUGUUUCCGACACUAUAAUGACUGAAUUCAAUCCGAACUACGAGUUCGCUGGAAAUCUUUAUAGUUUUAAAGACUUGACGCAAAUCCCACGCGAAUGUAUAACUUUGAUAAGACCGCUUGGUCAAGGAGCUUUUGGCGAAGUUUUUCAAGGUGUGUAUAGAUAUAGACGGAAUCAAGAACAGCCUGUCGCUGUGAAGGCAAUCCCUUCUUCGUCUAGGCCUCAGACAGAAGCAGAUUUCAUGAUGGAAGCUCUGAUAAUGAGCAAAUUUAAUCAUCCCAAUAUCGUACAUUUUAUUGGAGUUUCUUUCGAGAGAAAUCCAAAGUAUAUCGUGUUAGAAUUGCUUGCUGGAGGGAAUUUGAAGAACUUUCUUCGAGAAGAAAGACCACGCGCGGAUCGGCCCACUUCGUUGAGGAUGCAGGAUUUGAUAAUGUGCGGAUUUGACGUAGCGAACGGUUGCAAAUAUAUGGAAGAGGCCCGAUUUAUUCAUCGAGAUAUCGCCGCGAGAAAUUGUUUGCUCACGUCUAAGGGAUCCGGUCGUAUAGUGAAAAUUGCGGAUUUCGGGAUGGCAAAGGAUAUUUACAGGAGCGAUUAUUAUAGAAAAGGGGGCAAGGCGAUGUUACCGAUUAAAUGGAUGCCACCAGAAAGUUUUCUAGAUGGAAUAUUCACUACGAAAACUGAUGUUUGGGCAUUUGGCGUGUUACUAUGGGAAAUUAUGUCUUUCGGUUACAUACCUUACACUGGUUGUACUAAUAGAGAAGCUAUGACAAUGGUAACGUUAGGGGGUCGUUUAGAAAAACCUGCAGGAUGUCCUGAUCCUAUUUAUGGAUUAAUGACACGAUGUUGGCAUCCACGCCCUGAAGACAGGCCUAGUUUUGCAACUAUUGUCGAGAGAAUUGGUUAUUGUUUACAGGAUCCUGAUGUGAUAAAUCAUCCAACUCCCAAUUUUGAUAUUUUGCCAAUCUGCGAUCGUGAAGUGACGAUAAUGAGACCUGAUCCGGAAACAGAAUGUAUCAAUGUGCAGUCAGAACUGGAUGCAUGUGGAUACAUGCAACCCAGAAUUAUCGAUUCGCGAUCAGCUAGUCAACGCAUGGCUCAAGCUAUUGCGAGCAAUAAUCCUAAUCUCAGAAACGAAAAUCCAAAUCGAAUGAAUUCGAACGAAAGAAAUAAUAUGCAAGGACGAUUUCAAUCAAUUCCAUAUGGCACUAAUACAGAUUCUGAACAAAUCUUGGGUGGAAACGCGAGUCGCGAAGAUUUUAAUGAUGAAAAUGUUCAUUCAGAGAACAAACAUAAGGCCGAUAAUUUAAAUUGCGAGGAGAAAAGCGUACAUCGAAUUUCGACGGACAUCGAAAAUAGGUUAAGGAACACGGACAAUGGUAACAAUCGUGCAUCAAAUAUCGAAAAUCGUCGAAAUAGUACGGUUGAUAUUACGGAUGUAGACAGGAGGAAUGGCAAUGAAAGCAUAACUACCACUGAGACUAAUUCUGAUUCUUUGAUCGUUGCUUCUUCGGACACACCGCCUGAUACGAUCAAUUCCUCACCGAACACACGUAGUCGAUCUCCUAGUCACACUGGCCUAAAUACGAGCGCCACUAAUGUUAAUGGAAUGUUAAAGAAAAACGCCCUAAAGGCUGCGCUCAGUUUGGAUCCUAGUGCUCUGUGUCGUGGCACGAUACCGUACGAAAAAAUAGCAUUUUCGCCACCACCACAGCGUUCAAGUACCCCUGGCAGCAUGGAAAUCAAGAAGUGAAACGAUUCGAGUGCACAGGAUUAGCAUACCACACUCGUGAUAUUCGAUGUCGUGUCUUUUUUAUUUCCAAAGAAUCCAGCGAUGCUUAUCCCUGAAAUUCAUUUAAUCGCAGUUCUAUGUAUGAUGGAACUAUCGUCUCUUUGUUCUUCACACGAAGGAUCUUCUGGGUCACGAGCUACCAAAGGAAGAGGAAUGCUUUUGCUGAGAUUUGUACAAAGGGGAGUAACAGAACUCCCCGAUAGUCAAUGUUACAAUGCAUUUGACUAAAUCAUUGCGACGUUCUGCAAUUGUAAACGCAGUUUCUAUUGUUAUGCGUUUCAAGGAAUCAUCGUCAUUUUUGUGGAUACGAAAUGAAGAAUAUUCGCGUCGUAUGUAUUCCGAAGAAACGUUAUUAUAAGUGGAAAUUUCGAUUCUUGAACAAGUGAAUUGGUAUCAUUUUUUCAUUCCCUUUUGUUUUUCUUUGUUUUUGAAUGCAUUGAAAAAAGUUAUUUUCAUCCAUAUACCAGAGGGAAGACUUUAAUUGAGUUUAUUAAAUGGACGGUCACGCAUUCUCCAUUAUGACACAUAUUAAGGGAAUACAUCAGAAGUUUUUAAAAAAUAAGAGAAUUUUUUUUUUUUAAUUUAUUUUUUUAAUCGUAGUUUAGGUAAUAUAUUUUAGUUUAAUAAAUAAAAAAGUUUUCUUAUAUUUUAAUUUAUUUUUUAGAAGCUUCAAGGUGAAUUCUUCUCAUCAUAUGGCGAGACGAACGAAAAUAAUCAUCGAUAAAAUUUAUUUAUAGUAGCAUAUAUCGAAUAUAAGGAAUUGCAAAACAAAAAUGAAACAUUAUGAGCUUGAGAUCGUCCAUUAUUAAAUUCAUUUCAUUAUUAAAUUCCAUUACUAAAUCCUUUUUCUCAAAACUCGCGAACACGAAUACUUAUAAUAACAUACACACUUGCGCGCGUAAAGUUGUAUACGUAUCUACAUAUUACAUGUAAAAGAAUUUAAAAAAAAUAGAAAAAAGAAAGAAUUAGAAAAAAUGAAAGGUACUAUCGUGAUGUUCAACAUACGUACGUAUAAGAAAAAAAAAAAAAAAUAAAAAAAAUAAAAAAAAAAUAAAAAAAAA